GACUCCAGCAAACUCGGCACCACUUGUCCGGCCAGGGACAGAGUGCGAAUAAACAGCCACAUCAACGCAAACAUAUACAAUAAACCUGCCUGACUCAUAUGAGUAAUAUUGUAAUGGAUUGGUAAAUGUGUUCAGACCAGGGUUUCUUCGUAAAGCCUAAUUAACAGUAACGUUCGCGCAUAUCGUGGGCGAGAGAUCAGGCAGCAGUGCGAACGGCUCUCCCUGCGCCGAUGGACCCCGCUCGGUCAGUCGGAGUGGAGCUGUGAUGUGAGAUUUAGAGCAGGUUUCAGCGGUUUGGUCUCAUUUUUGUCGGAUAUCCCGUUGUAUCCAGCAUGUCGGCGCCUCUGGAGAAGCCGCAGAUUAUCGCUCACAUCCAGAAGAGUCUGAACUACACCGUGUUCGACUGCAGGUGGAUUCCCUGCAGCGCCAAGUUCGUGUGUUUGGGUAACUUUCCGAGAGGAACCGGAGUCCUGCAGAUCUACGAGGUCCAGCACGGAGACGCCCAGCUGGUGAAAGAGAUAGAGAAACCUAAGCCAAUAAAAUGUGGAACGUUUGGAGCUACAUCUCUCCAGCAGAGGCAUCUGGCCACAGGCGACUUUGGUGGCAAUCUUCAUGUGUGGAAUCUGGAAGCACCAGAGGUGCCGGUGUACUCGGUGAAAGCCCACAAAGAAAUAGUAAACAGCAUUGAUGGAGUUGGAGGGUUGGGUAUCGGAGGCGGCGCUCCAGAAAUCGUUACAGGAAGCCGAGACGGUACAGUGAAGGUGUGGGACCCAAGGCAGAAAGACACGCCUGUGGCAAACAUGGAGCCAGCUGAAGGGGAAACCAAGAGAGACUGCUGGACAGUUGCCUUUGGUCACGCUUUCAAUGAUCAGGACCGCUGUGUAUGUGCUGGUUACGACAACGGUGACAUCAAGCUGUUUGACCUCCGAAAUAUGUCUGUGCGAUGGGAGAAGAACAUUAAAAAUGGCGUGUGCAGCGUUGAGUUUGACAGGAAGGAUAUAAGUAUGAACAAACUCGUGGCGACAUCUUUAGAGGGCAAAUUCCACGUCUUUGACAUGAGAACUCAGCACCCGACCAAAGGCUUUGCAUCCGUUUCUGAAAAGGCCCAUAAAUCUACAGUAUGGCAAGUGAAGCAUUUGCCUCAAAACCGAGACAUCUUCAUGACGGCAGGUGGAGCGGGCAACCUGCAUUUAUGGAAAUAUGAGUAUCCAGCCAAGAGGACUGAAAAGGGCACAGACGGGGUGGACAGAGGAGUGGCUGGGACGCUUAACCUCCUGCAGAACGUCAACUUGUCCACACAACCCAUCGCCAGCCUGGACUGGAGUCCGGACAAGCAGGGCCUGUGUGUGUGUUCUUCCUUCGACCAGUCUGUGCGAGUCCUGAUCGUCACCAAGCUGAACAGAGUCUGAGCAAAAAGCCUGUGACUCGAAACCUGUAUGAAGUUCCUCUGUGUGUUUUUUCCACACAAAAUCAAUCAACUUAAUAUGCAAACAGACUUGAAGCCUCAGUUUAGAGACGUAUUGUGUCUCUGUUCUUUCAAACUUCUUUCUGACAUUGUUUGGAAUUAUUAAAUGAAUUUUUACACAGUA